UCAGACUCACCUCAUCGGACGGACUGGACGGUACUUGCUCCUCGGAAACAGGAUACACCGUCCUUUUGGCAAGUGACGGUUACUUGACGCCAAUUGCUCACAUUUAGGUUAACUUAGAAGCCAUUGGAAUUUGAAAUUAUAGGAAGGCUUUUCAUUAACAUCGGAAGAUUUUUCCUUUUCCUCCCACUGAUCCAAGUGCCUUUGUCUUUUUGAUUUCAUGGCGGCAAUCAUUGGCAAUUCAUUACUUGUACCUCGGCGGCUGGUUCUUAUCGCAAUGGCUGUCUCGGUUCUAUUGUUCGUUCUCCGACCCGUGAGUUCUUUUUCCUUUAGACCCGUGGGACGGUCUUAUGCCGCGGCGAUUACGCAAAGCAAUGGUCUACGACGGAGCACACGGGGGCACGCUGUCGGUGUGUCGAUUUCCCGGAGGGACCCCGAUGCGAUGCCCUCUCGCCUCUUUUCGUCGUCAACGGACAGCAACAAGGAAACAAAGGCGUCAGUAGAAGAGCAGAUCAAAGUGAAAGGAGACGAGAUUCGAGCGCUCAAGGAAUCUGGAGCAGACAAAUCAACCGUUGCCCCUUUAAUUGACGAAUUGCUCGCUCUCAAAGCAAAGCUUGAUCCUUCUAUUCUCGAACCCCCAAAAAAGGCACCGAAAGCCCAAACGCAGCCAAAAAAGCAACAGAAUCAAUCCGGUAAGAGGGAGAACGAUGAUUCUGAUUUUAUCACUGCUCGUGAAGUGGAUUAUUCGAAAUGGUACAACGAUAUCGUUCGCGUCACUGGCCUCGCUGAAACUUCACCAGUUCGUGGCUGCAUGGUAAUCAAGCCGUGGGGCAUGUCACUCUGGGACCGUGUUCGUACCGAGCUUGACGCCAAAAUUCAAGCACAUGGUGCCGAAAAUGCUUACUUCCCUUUGCUCAUACCCCAAUCCUUCCUUUCCAAAGAAGCCGAACAUGUUGACGGUUUCGCCAAGGAAUGCGCCGUAGUCACCCAUCACCGUCUCACGACUAACCCAGACGGCAGCGGUUUAAUGGUCGACCCCGAAGCGGCUCUCGAGGACCCCCUCAUUGUUCGUCCCACUUCCGAGACCAUGAUUUGGUACAUGUUCCGCAAAUGGAUCGUCUCCCACCGUGACUUGCCACUCAAAAUCAACCAGUGGGCCAACGUAAUGCGUUGGGAAAUGCGGACCCGACCGUUUCUGCGGACUUCUGAAUUUUUGUGGCAGGAGGGACACACAGCCCACGCGACACGGGAUGGAGCCAUUGCGGAUGCCCAAGCUAUGCUUGAUAACUAUGCCACAUUGUGCGAAGAUUUGCUGGCCAUGCCGGUAGUACGCGGUGUGAAGAGUCCAUCGGAGCGCUUCGCAGGCGCCGAAGAUACGUAUACAAUUGAAGCCUUGAUGCAGAAUGGUUGGGCCUUACAGUCCGGGACAUCGCACUUUCUGGGGCAGUCUUUUGGUAAGGCCUUUAACGUGACGUUCCAGGACGAGAAUGGUACGCAGCAAGAUGUGUGGGGGACCAGCUGGGGUGCCUCCACUCGAUUAAUUGGUGCUCUUAUCAUGACGCAUUCGGAUGACGCUGGUUUGGUCUUACCACCGAAAGUAGCUCCAGCUCAGGUUAUAAUUGUCCCAAUCCCUCCAAAAAAGGACGACGCAGAGACGAAACAAGCCAUGGAUAUUGCUAUGAAUCAAUUGACGGCAAGCUUGAAAGCUGAAGGUUUGCGCUUCAAGGUGGACGAUCGUGAUUUCGUCCGCAGUGGUGCAAAGUUCUUUGAAUGGGAACGCAAAGGUGUGCCUCUGCGUAUUGAAAUUGGACCACGAGACGUUCGCAACAACGUCUGCGUCUUCAAGUACCGUGCGGGUGAGAAUGCUGACGAAAAGCAAACGAUUCCGCUGUCCGAAGCGGCGGCAUCCGCAACGGCCGGCUUGAAAAGUAUGCAGCAAGACUUGUUGGAAGCGGCAAAAGCGAGAUUGACCAAUGGAAUUACGACGGACACGACAUACGAAGAAAUGAGAACGUUUUUGGAAGCCGACGAGGCGUCCGAGUAUUCUGGGAAGGGUCUGUUCUUGGUGCCGUGGAAGUGUGACGCCGAGAACGAAAACAAGAUCAAAGAGGAAUGCAAGGCUACUAUUCGAUGCUACCCGCUUGACGCAAACAAGCAAGGUUUGCACCAAGGCAAGAAAUGUUUCUAUAGCGGCCAUGACGCAACGCACAUGGCACUGUUUGGAAGGGCGUUUUAGCGCUAGAAAGGAAUUAUAACAAGACUGUAAAUCGCAUCGUGCUAAC